AUGGGGAAGGAGCACCACCGGAACCUGAGGAGACACGGGUUCUCCGGAGCGCAACGGGUCAAGAGAGGAUGGGUGUGGAACCAGUUUUUUGUUCUAGAAGAAUAUAUGGGUUCGGAACCUCAGUAUGUUGGCAAGCUCCACACAGACAUGGACAGAGGGGACAGCCUGGUGAAGUACACCCUGUCUGGAGAGGGAGUGGGCUCCAUCUUCACCAUCGAGCCCACCACCGGAGACAUCCACGCCUUAAGGAGCCUGGACCGGGAGGAGAAGCCUUACUACACGCUGCGGGCCCAGGCGGUGGACAUGCGCACCGGCCGGCCGCUGGAGCCCGAGUCCGAGUUCGUCAUCAAGGUGCAGGACAUCAACGACAACGAGCCCAAGUUCCUGGGCGGACCCUACGCGGCCACCGUCCCGGAGAUGUCCCCCGUAGGCACCUAUGUGACACAAGUGACAGCGAGCGAUGCCGAUGACCCCACCUAUGGACACAGUGCCAGGAUUGUGUACAGCAUCAUCCAUGGGCAACCAUACUUCUCAGUGGAUUCAAAAACAGGGAUUAUAAAGACAGCUUUGCCAAACAUGGACCGAGAGGUAAAGGAAGUCUACCAGGUCCUCAUCCAAGCCAAGGACAUGGGAGGCCAGCUCGGGGGCCUGGCAGGGACCACUACCAUCAACAUCACCCUCAGUGACGUCAACGACAACCCCCCCAGAUUUACAAAGAGUAUCUUUCAUCUGCGCGUCCCCGAGUCCUCCCCCAUCGGGUCAGCCGUGGGCAAGAUUGUCGCUCAUGACCUCGACGACGGCAAGAACGCCCGAGUGGAGUACAGCAUCGUUCCAGGGGACGGGGGCACCAUGUUCGACAUUGUCACCAACGAGCUCAACCAGGAAGGCACAGUGAUCCUCAAAAAGCGGCUGGACUAUGAGACUAGAAAGGCGUACACGUUCAAAGUGGAAGCGUCGAACGUGCACUUGGACCCUCGCUUCCUGCACCAGGGGCCCUUUAAGGACACGGCGACGGUGAAGGUGAACGUGCUGGACGUGGACGAGCCGCCGGUGUUCAGCAAGCCCCACUACAGCAUGGAGGCCUACGAGGACACACCUGUGGGCAUCAUCGUGGGCGCAGUGAGAGCACAGGACAUGGACGUGGGCAACAGUCCAAUUAGGUACUCUAUUGACUGGAAGAGGGAUUUGGAGCAUGCAUUUGACAUUGACCCAGUGGAGGGACUUAUCACAGUCAGUGAGUUCCUGGACCGGGAGACUGUGGCACGACACAACAUCACAGUUGUUGCAACUAAAGUUAACAAUCCACUUCUGUUUAGCAAGGUUGGUGUCACAAUUACCGUGUUGGAUGUCAACGAGUUUGCUCCGGAGCUUGUCAUCCCACCUGAGACAAUUGUUUGUGAAAGUGCCAAAGUAGGACAGGUGAUCCAGCUGGUCAGUGCACAGGACAGAGAUCUGCCUGCGAUGGGUCAGAGGUUCUACUUCAAGUCACUCAAAGACGUCCGGAACAGGAACUUCACCAUACGGGACUUUGGAAACAACACGGCGGGCAUCGUGACCCGGCGCGCGGGCUUCCGGCGGCAGCAGCAGCGCUGGUACGCGGUGGGCGUGGUGGUGGAGGACGGCGGCUUCCCGGUGCGGAGCAGCACGGCCACGCUCUCGGUGCAGGUGUGCUCGUGCGCGGGCGGCGGCGGAGGAGGCGGCGGCGGUGCCGGGUCCGGCGCGCUGGUGGCGUGCAGCGCCGAGGCCGUCUUCCUGCCCGUGGGCCUGAGCACCGGGGCCCUGGUGGCCAUCCUGCUGUGCGUGGUCAUCCUGCUGGUGAUCGUGGUGCUCUACGUGGGCUUGAGACGACACAAGGACAAGGAGGCUCUCAUGUCCUCCAAGGAGGACAUCCGGGACAACGUCAUCCACUACGACGACGAGGGCGGCGGCGAAGAGGACACGCACGCCUUCGACAUGGGCACGCUCCGCAACCCCAAGGCCGUGAAGGAGCUGGCGCUGAGGCGGGACGUCCGGCCGGAUGGACACUCGCUGACGGACCUGGCCCACGCGGCGGCGGCGGCGGCCGAGGACAGCGAGGACAUCCGCUCGUACAUCCACCAGCGGCUGCUGGAGAACCACGCCAACGGCACGGCGCCGCCGUACGACUCGCUGGCCACGUACGCGUACGAGGGCGAGGGCUCGGUGGCCGAGUCGCUCAGCUCCAUCGAGUCGUGGAGCGCCGACCCCGAGGAGGAGUUCAAGUGCAUCAGCGACUGGGGCCCGCGCUUCAAAACACUGGCGGGCCUCUUCGGGGAUCAGGACGCGCAGGCCGCGCGGGUCAGCAACAACAAAGAUUCCCACUGACCAGCGUCUGGCUGUGGCUUACAGCUCGAGAGAAAAAAACUCCAUGUUUUGAGUUUUCUUUUUUAUCAUUAAUCCCUUUGUUUUGUUUGUUUUUGGACAUUCAAGGAGCAUCGCGACGUUCGAGAAACACAACAAAAGCAAACAAAAUAAUAUGACAAAACAGACUUUUUUUUUUUUAAUCCCUUUUUGUUAUCGUUCUCUCACUCUCUCUGUUUCUGUAAAUUUGGCAUCAUCGUAGUCUAGAGUGAGGGUCAGAUUCUGAACUAUUGUAGACGUCGUCAUUCAUUAGUUGUUAAUGUUUUCCAAAAAAAACAAUGAGAUAGUAAAGGUAUCUGUUUUUGCAAUUCUCAGUAUCCCCUUUGAUAUCUCAUUAAGUGCCUCAGGAACAGUUGUUUUGUAAGUCUAUGCUUUGCUUCCUCAAUUCAGAAGCCCUGCAAGAUGUAGUACUGUUGUAUGUAGCAAACUCACCGUUUAUAGGGAACAACAGAUCUGUCGAAUGGAGAGAAAGGACACUGCGCUCAAUACUUCCUACCCAUCGAUUUGCCAAAUGCAUUUUAAAAAACAACAACAGUGGUCUGCAACUACUGUAUUUGUAAGUGAACACUGAAUUGAAGUGGAGUUUUG